AUGGGGGAAAACAAUGUUGGUUUGAUUGUCAUCGUCGGUUUUUACCAAUGGAUCAUCCGUUUAAAAAAAAGUAAAAAGAGAUUUAAAAAAAACAUGAUUAAGAAAAAAAGGCCACCUUACAUGUUUACCGGCCAUGAUCUCUGGGAAGCUGUCCGUGAUUUUCCAAAAGUCACAGAUAGUGGUUGGGCCACCAAAUUUCCAGGGUAUGGAAAACAACAUAAUUGGAUUAAAAGAAGUAUAUUUUGGGAUCUUCCAUACUGGAAGGAAAACUUGUUAAGGAACAACCUUGAUGUGAUGCACAUAGAGAAUAAUGUAUUUGAUAAUGUGUUUAACACAGUCAUGAAUGAUCCUGCAAAAACAAAGGAUAAUGAGAAGGCAAUAUUGGAUUUCUAG